AUGGUGGAGGAACAGGACGGGAAUCAAGACCGAGAAGAAGAACAGCAAGGAGAAGGUGAACAUGAAGAAGAAGAUCAAGAACAGCAUGGAGAAGGAGACCAAGAAGAACAAGACAAGCUACUAGUCCAAGAUGAGUUUGCAGACCACCACCAACAACAGGAACCAGAGUGUCAACGAACUGAACCUCGUAAUGAGGGGAGCAAGCCUCUUAUGACGACGAGAUCUAGAUCCACGGCCAAACGCGAUGAUCCUAAUUUGUGUGUGAGCGAGGGCCCAGCUCAAUCGGGCCUCAAUGACCCCAAAAACCGUCAAGUACUCGGACGCGGAGGACCAACGAGGGGAGAUGACUUAGGGAGCCUCGAUCUCUCCACCCGAUUAUUCGACUCGGUCAAUGAUAAUGAGGAAUGCCCGGGCGAUUCGUCCGUCCUGGAUGACCUCGGAUACUGCGACAAUUUGGAGGAGGGUGAGCAGUGA